GGGAGUGGGCGUUUCGUUCUCAGAGGCACGCCGCGAGGGUCCCAGCUGUCAUGACUUCGCGUUCUGUCACUCUCGGCAUCGACCUGGGCACUACGUCUGUGAAGGCGGCUCUGGUGGAGGCCGCGCCGGGUGACCCAUCCGGCUUCGUGGUACUGGCGAGCUGCACUCGAGCUGCGCGGGCCGAGACGGCAGCCCAGAGCGCGGCGGCCGAGCCCCAGGGCCGGGAGCAGAAUGUGAGUCAAAUCAUCCAAGCCCUAAAUGAAUGCCUGGAUGCCCUUCCCCGGGAGCACCUCCAGAAAGUCUGUGGCAUCGGUGUGUCAGGCCAGAUGCAUGGAAUCAUGUUUUGGAAAACAGGACAAGGCUGUGACUGGACCAAGCGAGGGCCCAGUCCUGUGUUUGAACCUAGAGCUGUGAGCCACCUGGUGACAUGGCAGGAUGGCCGGUGCAGCAGCGGGUUCCUGGCUUCGCUGCCGCAGCCAGACUCCCAUCUCAGUCUGGCCACAGGGUUUGGCUGUGCAACCAUAUUCUGGCUUUUGAAAAACAGCCCAGAGUUCCUGAAGUCUUAUGAUGCAGCUGGCACCAUCCAUGACUACGUGGUUGCCAUGCUUUGUGGCUUGCCAAAACCUCUGAUGUCCGACCAGAAUGCUGCUAGCUGGGGCUAUUUCAACACUCAGAGGCAGAGCUGGAACCUGGAGAUACUGAGGACCUCUGGCUUUCCUGUCCACCUGCUCCCUGACAUCGCUGAGCCUGGCAGUGUGGCAGGCAGAACUUCCCAAGCCUGGUUUGAAAUCCCCCAGGGCACUCCAGUGGGCGUGGCCCUGGGCGAUCUCCAGGCCUCUGUCUAUUCCUGUAUGACCCAUAGGACAGACGCAGUUCUGAACAUCAGCACCUCACUGCAGCUGGUGGCCUCCAUGCCACUGGGAUUCCAGCCGGCUCAGACUCCAGACCCUGCUGCUCCUGUCGCCUAUUUCCCGUACUUUGACAGGACAUAUCUGGCAGUGGCAGCAUCACUCAAUGGGGGCAAUGUGCUGGCCACCUUUGUUCACAUGCUGGUCGAGUGGAUGGCAGAUCUGGGUCUGCAGGUUGAAGAAUCCACUGUGUAUUCACGCAUGAUCCAGGCAGCUGCACAGCAGAGAGAUACCCACCUAACCAUCACCCCGACGGUGCUGGGUGAGAGGCAUCUGCCCGACCAGCUGGCCUCCGUGACCAGAAUCUCCUCCUCUGACCUCUCCCUGGGGCACGUGACCCGGGCGCUGUGCCGAGGCAUCAUCCAGAACCUGCACUCAAUGCUUCCAUUUCAGCAGCUCAAAGAGUGGGGUGUGGAACGGGUUAUCGGGAGUGGAAGUGCACUGUCUCGGAACGAGGUGCUGAAGCAGGAGGUGCAGAGAGCUUUCCCCAUCCCAGUGUCCUUUGGGCAGGAUGUGGAUGCAGCCACGGGGGCAGCUCUGACUAUGCUCCAGAGAAACCACAAGCAGCAAAAGAGUUAGACAAUAGGUUCUUUGGCCAAAGGAUGGCUGAAGACUUUUAUCAAAUGAGCAUUCCUGACAUGAUUUGGAAUCAACCUCAUAGACGGCCCUAUGGGCAGCUUUUAAAUCAUGCUUGUUUCCAAUGGCGUGCCCUCUUGAACAAGAACCAAUCCCGAGAGAACACUUUCAAUUUUGCAGCCAGGAAACACCAAUCAGAUCUUAUAUCAUUACCUCCUGAAAAGCGCUCACUUUGGAGCUGGUUGCAAGUGCAGUUGUAGGAAGAAAAUAGAGUGAAAAAAAGGAAGAGGGAUUCUGGUUCCCAGCAUCUCAGCCAGCAGGCUGUCCUGUGACAAAGUGAAAUAAGAAGAGAUUCCAGACACCCAUUUCUGGUGGUUGUGAGGCUCAAAGUGAGGGGGGAAAAAUCCCAACCAUCCCCUCCUCCAUAGCUAGACUUUGCAUCAGUUGUUAUUUUUAGGACAUGGAUCUUAGACUUAGGACUGUUGGAAAAUUCCUUCCCACCUGGGUGGGAGCAUGUAGCUCUUUGCCAUCUCAUUCUUCCCUUCCAGAUAGCUUGGACAGCAGGUGACCUAAGGACCAUGAAACAGCCUGGCUUGCACGGGCCCAUAAACAUGCAACCUCUUGUGUGUACUUCCCUGCCCCUCACCCAAGGAGACCCAGAAGUACUCUGGCUGCUCUUGAUCCUCGUAAUAUAGCUCACUUGAAGGCACAAAACAGUGAAGGAAGGUGUGACCAGCAAAGCGGGAGGGAUGCUGCAUGCCCUGUUUCAAGCAGGACCCUUUUCCGGGAGCGUGUCUGUGCAGAAGUGGGCUUUUGUUCCUGCAGGUCCUUGUGAAGCGUUGCUACAGAGCAUACUCCUGCCAGAGGGUGUGGCCAACGGAAUUCCCCAGAACCCUUAAUCUCUAGCUCUUUCUCUGGGACAGGCCUUACCGGCUCCUUGUCUCGGGCUUGCAAAAACUUCCUAUUUGAGAUGACAUCUUAGGGUACCUUGUUAGGGAUGUCCAAGGAUAGGGAGAGCCUAGCUCUACCCUUACCCCAGGCCCAGGCAGGCCUGACUGGAAGGCAUCAGGGAAAUAGAAGGAUUGUUUGGGAAACUGACAUCUUUUUUCUUUGUCAUGGUUACUUUAUCAAUUAUGUGAUUGUUGAAAAUUCUUAAAUGUAUCUUCCUGACUGUGCUGAUUGAACUUCAGAUCAUAAAGCUGCCGCUUCCAGAUUAUGUUCCUUUACUUAAUUUUUAAAAACAGUUUUAUUUUUUAGUGAAGCAAGGUCAUUUUUAUCGAAUGGAACUUACUUAGAGUGAAAGAAAAAAAAAAGUGUUCCACAGAGUGGAAAAAAACCCAAAGAAACAUAGAGACAAGCAAGCUAGAUACGUGUCCAAGGGGACCCCAGGCUGAAAGAGCAGCCAAGUCCCUUCCUUUAGCAAGGCCCAGCCUCUCUGUUCCCAGAAGACUACAGGAUACAGCAUGGCUGCAGAGCGAGGAAGGGCUGGGGGAUGCAUCUGGUCUUGAGGAUGGUUUGUAAGUUGUUCAAUGGGAGAGCCUUGCCCCCCCCGGCAGUCACACUGGGACAAGUGACAGAUCACUCAGGAAAGUUAUAGAAUUUGUCCCCUCAGAAUGAGUUAAAAUGCACUGUUUUGGAAGAGCUGAGGAAGGCUUGAUGGAAGAACUGCCCCCACUCCUGCACCUCUUUCACCCCCAGAAAGACUGAUAAUAACAGCCAAGUCCAUCAGGAGGAACUGGCUUGCAGAAACCAAGGUUCGAAUCCUUGCAUGUGGCUGACCCCAAUUUGAAUCCAGGAGGCUGUGUGUCUUGCUCUCUCUGAUGCAGUGUAUGGAGUCUAUAGGGUAAAGGAUUAGGAACUGGUGGUUAGUUCCUGCAAACCUGAGCAGCCAAGACAGCCCAGAGCACCAGGGCUCUCUGCUCUCUCUACGGACCAGAAGCCCUUUCAGCCUCCAAUGCCGGAGCCUCCCUCACCUUGUGUGUGCUUGUCAGGGAACGAUUCUGAUGCAGUUUCUAGUAUGCGUAGAAUUUGAGGGUGUAGGGCUGCAUUUCCCAGCCUAAAGCCACAAACCACUUAGAGCAGGGGUUCCAAUAAGAGUCGGAGCGGGGCUGGAGUGAUAGCACAGCAGGUAGGGCAGGUAGCGUGUUUGCCUUGCAUGUGGCCCACCCAGGUUUGAUUCCCAGCAUCCCAUAUGGCCCCUGCGUACCGCCAGGAGUAAUUCCUGAGUGUAGAGUCAGGAGUAACCCCUGUGCAUUGCCAGGUGUGACCCAAAAAGAAAAAAAAAAUAAAAUAAAAAUAAAAGAGUCGGAGGGAUUGGAAUAAUAGUACAGCAUAGAGGGCACUUGCUUUGCUUGAAGAACCUCCAGGUUUGAUUCUCAGCAUCCCAUACGUUUCCCCGGAGCACUGACAGGAGUGAUCUUUAAGCACGGAGCCAGAAGUCAGUCCUGAGCACUGCCAGGGGUGACCCGAAAUACAGAAAAAGAAAAAAAAAAAGAGUUUGAGAUGAGACCAGCAUGCACAUCAAGGGAGGAACUGGACUCCUGUUGCACUUGCCAUUGUACUAUCUAGCCACAUGCGCUAGGGACAGUCCCAAUGUCUUGAUCUCAUAAGCAUGAGACACGCUUGUAUUUCCUCACCAAAUUUGCCUAAAUGCAAACAAGUGGGUCGUGGCUGUGUAGAAGCCUUUGGAGGGCUAGUGAGAGAUUUACCACACUCUUUCCUUUGCACAGUGACUCGUGAUGACUGAGAGAGUAGAGACCCUGUCAGUCAGGGUUCCCCAUGAGGGCAACGUAAUGUGGCCCCUCACCAGUGAGUCUUACAGAAUGCAACAGAGUAACAGUGAUAGAAAUAUCUAAAGCCGCUGAGAUUUGGAGGUGGUUUGGGAUUUGGAAGUGGUGUGGUUUCGUGUGCAAAUGUAGCUCAGACUCUGAGAGAGGGGUGGGGGGAGGAGAGAGGAGAGAGAGAGAGAAGAGAGAGAGAAAGAGGAGAGAGAAAGA